AUGGGAAGAAGAACACUCAGUCAAAGAAAAGGAAGAGGAUCCAUCUUCAAAUCAAGAAGUCAUCACAAAUUGGGUGUUGCUCAACAUCGUGCCAUUGACUUCUUUGAAAGACACUCAACAGUUAGAGGAUUAGUUAAAUCAAUUGAACAUGAUCCAGGAAGAGGAGCUCCUCUUGCUAGAGUUGUUUUCAGAAAUCCAAGACAAUAUGGACUUGAUAAAGAAUUAUUCAUUUGUGCUGAAGGAUUAUAUUCAGGACAAUACAUUUAUUGCGGAAGCAAAGCAUCCCUUCACAUUGGAAAUGUUCUUCCAAUUGGACAAUGCCCAGAAGGUACCGUUGUUUGUAAUGUUGAAUCUAAACCAGGAGACAGAGGAAUUAUUGCAAGAGCAUCAGGAAAUUAUGCUACUGUUAUUUCACAUAAUGCUGAUAAUGAAACUACUCGUAUUAGACUUCCAUCUGGAGCUAAAAAGACCUUAAAAUCAAAUUGCAGAGCUAUGGUUGGUAUUAUUGCAGGUGGAGGAAGAACUGAAAAACCAAUUCUUAAGGCUGGUGUUGCUUAUCGUAUGUAUAAGGCUAAAAGAACUACAUGGCCAAGAGUUAGAGGUGUUGCUAUGAAUCCAGUUGACCAUCCACAUGGAGGAGGAAACCAUCAACAUGUUGGACAUCCAACUACUCUUAAGAGAUCAUCACCACCAGGACAAAAAGCUGGUAAAGUUGCUGCUAGAAGAACUGGUCUUAUUAGAGGAGGUAAUAAAGAAGGAGCCGCUGAUAAUUAA